GAAGAAGCGGAGGGUCCCUGGGCUUGCUUUGGCCUGCCCUGGUCUGGCUGGUCUGUCUUGUCUACCCUGGCUGCUGGGUAAGGUGCUAUAGCAUACCAUCCAUCCCGACCGUUCAUCGGUACCUAAAACUAAAUGGCUUAGAGGGUACGGAGUAGCGUGAAUCGAUCAAAAGCCCGUGAUCCGCUUCCCCAGAUUCACUUCUCACGAACCCCUCUCUCUCCAUCUCAUCCUCCCUAUUCUGGGAUGUACUUUUUACCGGGCAGACUACCUAUACCUAAUUAGCUCCCCCUCCCAACGGAUAUAAUUCUGCCUCUUGGUCCGGUGGCAUCUUUUUUUUUUUCUCGUUCUGUUUCUCUGCCCCAUCCCUGAAGGCGAUCAUCAUGUAUAAUGAAACUCAGACCUCGACUGCCGAAGCCCGUCGGCUCAAGAAACGGGAGCUCGAUCGCAAGGCCCAACGCCUGGCGCGAGAGCGCACAAAGAGUCGCAUCGCUCAAUUGGAGAGCAUGGUCGACAACCUUCGGCAGGACGACUCUAAUGCGCAAAUAGCUACCUUGAUGGACCAAUUAGGCAAGGUCACCAAGGAGAGGGACAAUUUAUUACAGGUCCUCGAUUCUUUAGGCUCCACGAUCCGUCGGCACAUUGGCGAUACCAACAGCGCCACCACCACGAGCGAGCCACGAUCAGAGACAAAAUCCGAGUCGCCAGCCUAUGCUGGACAAUCACAAUCACAAUCACAGUCGCAAUCAACACCAAACGAACGAAUAGUCCCAAUCAUGACCCAAAGAGCAACCUCAGAAACAAGCAACUCUACAAUACUAGAACUCCCCAUCAACCACAACCAUGCUCCCCCGCACGACCCCUUCUCCUAUGACGGCUGGAACUACGCCGUGACGACAGAGCACUACCCAACCUCGAUGGCCUUCGACAACUCGAUCCUCCCUCCCGCCGGCAACGGCUUCAUCCCCAUCCAGCCUCUCCUCCCAAACCUUCCCCCAACACCCGAAGAGGACGACGUCAUCAUCCCCAAGGCCCCCGUGCUCUGCCACUGCUCCAGUCCGACGAGCUGCGCCUCUGGCUACCACGACGUCAAGCCCAACAUCUGGCGCGCCAUAAACGAGGUCCUCGUCAAGCCCACAAAGCUCUCGGCUGAGGAGAUCGCGAUCGAGGAGUACAACGCGGAGGACAUACCCGUGCGCGCCGUGGUCGAGGGCUGGGAUAGCGUCGAGCGCGCGGGCAAGAUGACGCCGACGUGGCGCAAGCUGCGAAGGGCGGAUGAGCUGUGCUUUUCAAAUUGCGCAGAAACAGAGCGUUUGGCUGUCUUGAGGAUAUGCCAUCUUUUGAUCACGUAUCACGGCGAUCCUACAAUAGAGAGACGCGCGACUUUACCGCGAUGGUACUGGAAUAGACCAUCGCAAGCGCUACCGCAUUCAUACGGCAUUGACUUUUUCGUCUGGCCCGGUCUCCGCGAGCGCCUCAUCUUCUCCCAACACCAAUACUGCAACAACUCCUUCUGGGAGCUUCUCCAAUCCAACCUAAAGAUCCUCUGGACGGACACCUUCCAGGACACAUUCUACCACAACGCGCACACGGGCAAAUACCACAUAUCGCCACUGUUCGAGCAGCGCAUCCGCGACAUCAACGCCUGGACCAUGUCGACGGACUUUUUCCAGCACUUUCCCGAGCUGAGCGAGGAUAUCCCAGCGUAUGUGGGGAUACCGGCUUCUAUGGGGGCCGUGCAUCCAUCUGCUGUUGUGCCGUCGAGUAGGAGGCGGUAUGAUGAUGAUGAGAGCAAAGUACAUAAAGGACAGAGGGCAGCGAUAUGUUAGCAGUAGAGACUCUUCCAAUGCUAAACGAACGAAUGAUGUACAGAUUUGGUGUAUUUGUGAUGCCAUUGCUUUGACUGUGCCUCUUGCUAAUUUGACUCAA